UCCAUAUCCAUAGGCUGCAUUAGUCACGCAGUCGUACUUCCGCACACACAAUGGACUGCUUACACAACGAAGCCUAUGGUUUCUCCUGAUGUUGUUUGAAUUGCAUAGUUUUGUUAAUUUUUCACCUAUUAGAAAAAGGAUUAAUUACACAGCAAAUUUUGUUUGAUUACUUAGCUGGUUUCCUGAAAAUUUUGCAAUAGUUUUUCUAGGCACCAGUCGUCAGCUUUAUCAUGUCAAACACCACCAAUCGGCGGCCAUCAGGUCGUCCUAGGACCGAAAUAAAUCGUAAGCGGCCGCUGCCUUCUCCUGCACCUGUUUACAAUGGAGUAGGUAGCUCAUACGAGGACAAAGACAACGAUUUUGUUUGUCCAAUUUGUUUUGAAGUUAUUGAAGAAGCUCAUAUGACCAAAUGUGGACAUAGUUUUUGUUACAAGUGUAUUACUAAGAGUCUGGUAGAGAGCAACCGUUGUCCCAAGUGCAAUUUUUUCAUAGAUAAGAGCGACCAAAUAUUUCCAAAUUUUUCAUUAAAUGAACUGAUACUGAAGCACCGACAAAGACAAGAGGAAAAGAGACCUAAACUUGGUCAUAUGAAUACCCACCAAGAUUCAAAUUUUAUGGAUUUACUAAGUAGCCAUGACAAGUGGGAACUGUCAGAGGUCAACUUUGUUUUGGAGUUCCUUGUCAACAAGAAACGAAGACUGGAGAUGGAUAGUCAGUUUGCUCAGAACCAAAUAUUAAGAGAAUUUCUUGACCAAGCAAAAAGGAAAAAACAAGAGCAAGUAAAUGAACUUCAAAAGCAAUUACAUGUAUUGGAGGAAGAUCGAAAUCGUAUAGAAGAAACACUGUCCAAGCAAAGAAUCUCUUAUUCUAAUAUUUUUCCUGAUAAAAGCGUAGAUGAAAAUGGAACAUCUCCAUCUACAAGUACAAAUGUAUCAAUAUGUGCGAACACUGAUGGUGUAAGUGACACAGAGUCCCCCCAGGAUGGUUUCAAUGGUAGUAAAUAUAGUGGUCGACAUCAGUGGCUUAAUUCGACAAUAGCAUCUAGGAAGAAAAAGCUGUACAAUCAUUUCACUGACCUGGAAUCUUGUUACUUUGCGAUACGACAGAGUCAAUUUGAGCCGAGUGAAUCCAGUUCUGUUGAUUUACUUGGUAAAUUCAAAGACUGUUUGACAAAGUUCACCAAAUAUAGCUCAAUUCAACCACUAGCAACGUUAAGCUAUGCAACAGAUAUCUAUAAUAGCUCCAGUAUAGUGUCCAGUAUUGAGUUUGAUCGAGACAAUGAAUUUUUUGCAAUAGCUGGAGUAACUCGCAAGAUCAAAGUUUUUGAAUAUGCAACUGUGAUUCAAGACGCUGUUGAUAUUCAUUACCCAGUAACAGAGAUGCUUUGCAGCUCCAAGAUAAGUUGUAUAAGUUGGAAUGCAUACCACAAAGGAAUCUUAGCAAGUAGUGACUAUGAAGGAAAUGUGACAUUAUGGGAUGCAUUCACAGGGUCUGUGUCAAGACUUUUCCAGGAACAUCAAAAGAGAUGUUGGAGUAUAGACUUUAAUAAGAUGGAUCCAAAACUUCUUGCAUCGGGAUCUGAUGAUGCCAAAGUGAAGUUAUGGUCUACAAAUAUGGAACAGUCUGUGACAUGCAUAGAAGCCAAAGCUAAUGUAUGCUGUGUUAAGUUCAAUCCAAGCAAGGUGUAUGAUAUUACAUUUGGAUCAGCAGAUCACUGUGUCCACUAUUAUGAUUUACGGAAUCCAAAGAAACCUUUGAAUAUUUUCAAAGGUCAUAAAAAAGCAGUGUCAUAUACCAAGUUCCUUAACUCUGAGGAAAUCGUAUCAGCGUCAACUGACAGCCAAUUAAAACUAUGGAAUGUAAAUAAAACAAACUGCCUUAGGACUUUUACUGGUCAUACAAAUGAAAAGAACUUUGUUGGCUUAACAGCAAAUGAUGGGUAUAUUGCAUGUGGAAGCGAGAACAACUCUCUAUCUGUAUACUACAAGGGUUUAUCAAAGCAACUUUUAGCCUUCAAGUUUGAUACCAUUAGAAGUGUACUGGAUUCUGAUAAACGAGAAGAAGACUCAAAUGAAUUUGUGAGUGCAGUAGCAUGGAGGACUGGCUCAAAUGUAUGUGUUGCUGCCAACAGUCAAGGUACAAUUAAGAUCUUGGAGUUAGUGUAACAUCAAUGAAAACAGUAGACAGUCAAGAACAGAAAAUUAAACUAUUGAAAACACCUGUUUUUUGGAGCUGGUGGCACAUUGAGCUGCAAUGUUUUUCUCUACAUGUUCUUCAAUCAUUUUUCCCUCUUUAUUGCACAGUAAAACAUUCUUAUUUAUCAAUGCUACAGUCAAGCUUCUUUGUUUCUACACCAAACCCAUUGACAUUAACCUUCCACUUGGAAGCCUCGAUUUAACAUCUCCACCUUGGCUGCUCUGCUAAGCACAAUAAAAAUAACGAUAAUAUAUAACAUUAUAUAGAGCGGAAUAUGAGACCUGUGAUAGCUUAUCCUAACAUCUCGUGAACAUUUCUUAAUAAAUUGAAAGCAAUGAAACAUAAUGUAUAACAAACAAUUGCAUUGACUGUUGCAUUGUUAUUUGGAUUAUAGUUUCAUAUCAAUGACAUUUAAUUUUGAAUUAUCAUCUCUAGACUACAAGUACUUCAUUGCAUUGUUUUGUCAGUUUUACUCCUAAGGUUAUUUUGCUUUUUUGGAAUGAUUAAUUUUCAAAACAUUUUAAAAAAAACAACAAAACAGAUGUUUCUUGUGUUAAGAAUUAUAACUAUCGAGUAUGUAUCAAAUGAUAUAAACCUAUAUUGAUUGAAAUUGUUUUUGAAUUUAAUAGUCAAAACUACAUUUUGUGGAAUAAUUAUAUCUUUUGCUGAUUGUUUUGUUAGUCUUUCACAUAAUUGUGAUUGAUUGCAGCAUCUUGUAAAACUUGAAAAUGGGAUUUGAUUCCAGAUUUGGACUUGCGAUGAAGAACAUAGUAAUUCCAGUUGAAAUAUAGCAUUGAUAUUUCCUGAUUUCAAAGGUGAAAUGAUACAUUCUGUGUUAAUACAUGUGCAAUACCAGAAGAUCUAUUGGCCCCCAGCUUGCUGUUCAAUGAAACUAAAUCUUAGUCCAAAAGCAAGCAAAUUAUUAAGUUGUUCUGUUGCAAUUAUACGCUUGUUCGCACAGUAGUCAGUUAUCUCAAAUUAUUACCAUAUAUAGGUUGGUUUACAAAUAAAGAAAUGAUAUCAUAUAUUAUUAUAAUAAUAUGCUAAUGAUAUGCUAAAGUAUGCAGCAGUAACAGGUGUGCAUAUGUUAGAGCACAUUUGUGUGCUUUGUGAGUAAGCACAAAUAAUGUUGAUAGUUUUGCGAAGGGUUUUUUUUUAAUUGUUAUUGUUACAUAUAUUCAUAUGCUGCCUUAUACUAUACUGUCAUUCUCCACUGCACAAACAUUUUCCUUGAUUAUGUACAUGUUUUUCUACCAGGUUCCCUUCACAAUAUAACAAUAAUAGGUCUGUCUUAUUGCAUCACAUAUUGCCAAUGUCUCUGAGCACUGAACAUCAUUACUCUUGUUAUUGGAACUAAUUUCCUUGAAACACAUACUGAGCUACCUGAGGAGUAUCUCAUGAUGUAGUGUUCAGCAUAUUUUGAAUUCAAACCUACCUCAAUUAUACUCCUGGGUACAGAUUGAUAAAGUGGAUAUGUGCCUAUAUGUGGGAUGUUAUUUCAUAAUGAUUUAUUUACACUUGUUAACAUGGCUUCUAGUGUAUAUGAAAGUUGCUUCUGUUAUCUACCAGAUUGUAAAUCUUGAAUUAAUAUCUGUUUAAAACUUAAUGUAAUGCACAUUUAAUUCUUAUUCAUUAAAAAACAGAUUAAUUACAAUUGAAAAGCAAUGGAAAAGCUUUCAUGCAAUUUUCACUCAUCUGCAUAAUGCAGUUUGUUAACAACUGGUGCUAACCACUGCCUAUGUACUAAAUAAUGCUUGUACGUCCCUCUGAAUUGCAUUCUAUAUUGGUAACCCUUUGAACCAAGUUGGGAUUGCUGUUGUUCACAACCAACUUAGCAUCACUUCCUAAAAUUACACAACUUGCUAAUCUGUUGCCCAAAUUUUGACAUCACCAUAUCCAGAAGUCUAUCUUUUUUUCUGAAAGGAGCCAGAAAAGUUUUGCAACCAAAAUGUGGUUUGCGGCCCCAUAAAUUAUAUUUAUUCAAAUUCUCUUAGUAACGAAUAAUUCACAAAAAAACCUAGAAUUAUGGACACUGGAAAUGAAGAGCAUGACUAACAGGUGUAAAUACGCUCUGUAGUUAUAGAACCAGGAAUAUAAAGCAUUUUCACAUUAAAGAAUGAAUGUACACUAUGGAAAAGAGCAAGGGAUUGUCAUCCAGUGUACUGACUAAUGUAACACAAGGAGAUGCUCUCCAUUAUUACAGGUGUAGCGUUAUGAUAUUUUUUUUUUUUAAGCUGUUUUGUGUGCUAUACUACUCAGCAACAUUUGUUAAAAAAACAAGUGAUAUUUUCGUAUAUCUGUAAAAAUCACUGUUGAGUUUUCUCAGAAGUAAUUUGAAUUCUGAACAUCUCAAAAGGAUUUUUGUUGAAUUUAUUGUGAAAGUAUUUUAUUUGUGAAAAUAUGAUUUUUUAUGUGAAUGCAUGGGAGGGGAUACAGUAUCUAAAUUUAAUUCAAGAAUGCUUGAACAUUAAACAUAUUUUGAUCAUUAUUAUUACACAU